AUGCCGGUAUCCGUGUAUGCCGGAGGUGAUCGCGAUAACCUCAGGAGACUGCCGGCCGUGCCCCCCUGCUUCCCACCUUAUUUCAGACUGAGGCAGGAACGGGAGCUGGAAAACACGGUUGAUUGUGCAGGAGAAAAUAUAGCAGAAUUAGAAAUUGGCAGACUGAUUAUUGGACAGAAUGGUAUCUUAUCCACACCUGCUGUUUCAUGUAUCAUCCGAAAGAUCAAAGCGGCUGGUGGAAUUAUUCUGACAGCUAGCCACAGUCCUGGGGGACCGACAGGAGAGUUUGGAGUCAAGUUUGAGGUUGCCAAUGGAGGACCUGCUCCAGAUAUAGUUUCAGAUAAAAUCUAUCAGAUCAGCAAAACCUUGGAGGAAUAUGCCAUUUGUCCUGAUCUCAGAGUUGAUUUAUCUCGCCUAGGAAGACAAGAAUUUGAUCUGGAGAACAAAUUCAAACCUUUCCGAGUGGAAAUUGUGGAUUCUGUGGAUAUCUACCUCAAUCUCCUUCGAGGUAUCUUUGACUUCAAUGCGAUCAGAAAUUUGCUGACCGGACCUAACCAGAUUAAAAUAAGGAUUGAUGCCAUGAAUGGAGUUAUGGGACCUUAUGUCAGACGAAUCCUGUGUGAUGAAUUGGGAGCUCCUGCAAAUUCUGCCAUAAACUGUAUUCCUCUGGAGGAUUUUGGUGGACAGCCUCCUGAUCCCAAUUUAACGUAUGCAACUGCCUUGCUGGAGGCUAUGAGAGGUGGAGAGUAUGGAUUUGGAGCUGCUUUUGAUGCUGAUGGAGACCGCUACAUGAUCCUUGGCCAAAAUGGUUUCUUUGUUAAUGCAUCAGAUUCAUUGGCUAUAAUUGCUGCCAAUCUGUCUUGCAUUCCAUACUUCUGUCAGAUGGGUGUCCGAGGAUUUGGUAGGAGCAUGCCCACCAGCACAGCCCUGGACAAAGUGGCAAAAGUCAUGAAGGUUCCUGUGUAUGAGACACCAACAGGAUGGAGAUAUUUUUCCAAUCUUAUGGACUCUGGACGUUGCUCACUUUGUGGAGAGGAAAGCUUUGGCACUGGGUGCUUGAACAACAUACUGCUGAUCAGCAUGGAGAGCUGCUCUACAGCAAUAUUUGGUCUGUGCGUCCUG